AUGGCAUACGCGCACUCUGAUGACGAUGAUACCUACGCCGGGAUGCAUCCGAGUCGACAGCAGCGAUAUCAGAUGCUAUCUAGCAGCACGGUCGCAUCAGAAGACAACGCCUCCGACAGCGAUGAAGAGAGGGACCUGUUUAGAUUGAGAUUUAAACUGAGUGUUGCAGACCGCAAGAACAGCGAUCUAGAAGUCGAAGUCCAGCGCCUGCAGAGUGAAAUUGAUACGGUCAAGGCUCUGAACCAGAAUCUCGAGCAGGAAAAGGCUACCCACACCACCACGACGUCGGAAGCUGAGGCGCUGCGGGCACAGAUGGAAGUGCUCGAAGCCGCUCUGGAACACAAGGAUGUCGAACUGGCUGAUAUUACUGGUGCGGCGCAAGGAAUAUCGCACUCGUGCGCUCGACCACAGAACUCCUAUGAUCGCCUCAUUGUGAAGCUUGCCGCGGUUCGCGGGGAUGUUCAUGUUGCAGAACAAGAAUUGGAUGAAGCAACAUCUCAAUCGAGCGAUAACACUGCAAGCCAAGGACGGAUCGCUGAUCUGCAGCGAAAGCUGGCGGUCGAGGAAGAUAAGGUCGCAAGGCUUACCAAAGCAAACAAACUGCUUACCGAACAGCGCUCAGCGAGCGAAGCAGAUGCAGAGUUUUUUAGGGCACGGCUCUCCAACCUCGAAGCUGAGGUGCAGGAGUCUCGCGUGAGCAACUCAAGGACUCAAAGGGAUCCGAAAAGGCUGUUCGCAGGCCCAGACCGCCCUGAGAUUGAGAUUGAGGUGCCGGAGAAUGAGAUUGAAAUCUUGAAAGACAAACUCAACGAGCUCAGGUGGAACGCUCUCGACAAUGUCAUCGACCUCGAUAUGGCCAACAGAGCAUUUCGUGCCUUCGAUUGCGACCACAUCAAUACUAGGAAUCUUCCCGACGGAAGAAACUCUUCGCGUCUACCUAACGCAGGAUGGGUUGCGUCGAGCAUCUUCAAGGAUUGGAAGGAAGACGAGCAGUUCGUCAAGGUCUAUAGUAAACGCCGACAGAAUGUGAUCAACCACCACAAGGCUCAUGGGCGCAUCCAGGAAGGAAAAGGUGCGAAGUUCUGGCUUCUUAGGGAUGAGUUUAACUAUGUGGACGAGAAGCGUGGUCUGGAUGUAGUCUACAAGUGA